AUGGCCAUCGAAUGGGGAUCCGAAACCAAAGGUGCCGACGUGGUCAAUGCCUUUCCCAUGAGCAUCAAGAAACGAACAUUCCUCAUGACCGGAGUCAUUGGGACAGGACUACCAGCAGCAACCGCCGAGGCCCUGGCAAGCGGCGAUGCAGCCGCCAUUAUCCUGAUGGGCAAGUCGCAGGCCGAAGCGCAAGCGGUGAUCGACGAUGUCAACCACAAACAUCCCAAGGUCAAGCUGAUCUUCAUCUCGGUAGAUUUUAACCGGUUGGCCUCUGUGCGCGAGGCGGCGGAAGCUAUUAAGAAGCUUGAUGUUCCUAUUGAUGGGUUUGUAGGGUUUCCCACGGUAAUGGCUGCACUGUGGAUGAAGACGGAGGAUGGAGUUGAGUCUCACUUCCAGUGCAACUAUCUCAGCAAUUUCCUCCUGAUCAAUUUGGUGGUGCACUUGAUGCCGGCGGGUUCAAGGGUUGUCAUGGUUUGCUCUAGUAUCCGGCCUGAAGCUCCGCCGCCGGCGUGGGAUGACCCCAAUUUCGCGGAUGGAAAGACAUAUCAUCCACUGGAUGCAUAUGCUCUAUCGAUGUUUGCCAACGUUCAGUUGAUCAAAUGUCUGGCUAUCACGGGCUGUGGACGGUCAAUGGGCACCUUUUCUGUCAAUGCUGGAACCCUGUUUGAAGAGCGGGAAGAUCUACCGCUUCUGCUUCAACAAGCGCCAAAGUCAGUGUCGCAGGGCAUUGCCACGAUUCUCAGAGCUCUUCUCGAUCCGGAUAUCAGCGGCAAUUGCCAAAUUCUUGCUCUGCCGAAAAUUGACUUUCCUGCUGGUGAGGAGAAUGGUCGAGCGUUGUGGACACGGAGUGAGCAGAUGGUAGGGCAAGAGUUUAAGCGUCUCUAG